UGUCCCACAAUGGUAUGAAUUUUGGGAGCUACUCAAGCAUGAGCCAGGCCACACGACCGAUGUGCUGGAUGGCUUUUGGAUGAGUUACUCAAAGAUAGAGGCCAACGAUGGAGAGGCAGUGAACAGGUACUGGCUGGGCAUUGACAAACAUUCUGCAAGCAUCAUCUCCUCCAAAUCCACCGAAGACGAUGUCUCAAGUUGGAAGGCUGGCGCUAGUGAGGAAAUGUCCACAGGCAGUCAGAACACUGAGCUCUUGCAGCGCUCUUCCUCACCAGAAGAGGGCAACACAAGCAUAUUACCUGAAGAAAACAUCAGCCAAGAGGAGUUUGAUGCAAAAUACCAACAGUUGGAAGAGCUUGGAAAAGGUGGCUUUGGAUUUGUGUUCGCAGGCCACAGAAAGUCUGACUCUUUACCGGUGGCAAUCAAACAUAUUCCUAAUAUCAGUGUGGAGGAUGAAUUACAGAAAUAUGAAACCCCUUUAGAAGUUGCUCUUAUGCAGAAAGCAGCAGGCGGGCCUGAAGCAAUCGGAAAAUCAGCCGCUGUCUCGCUUCUGGACUGGUAUUAUCUGGACAAAGAGCUAAUCCUCGUCAUGGAAAGACCAGUCCCAUCUAUGGAGCUUUCAGAUUACCUCAUAUCCCGCGGAGGCUCUAUGGAUGAAACCGAGGCUAAGAUCCUUCAAAAGCAGUUGGUUGAUGCAGCCAUUGACCUGCACACCAAAGGUGUGUUUCACCAGGACAUCAAAUGUACAAAUGUCCUGGUGGAGUAUGGUUCUGGUGACCCGCAUAUAAGAAUCAUUGACUUUGGCUGUGGGAGUUUUUUACAAAGAAAACCCUUCUGGAAAUUUCGAGGUACCCUCGAACUAGCACCCCCAGAGUGGCACAUACGCAAAAAAUUCAAAGCUGGUCCCACAACAGUAUGGCAACUGGGAGCCCUACUGUAUCGCCUACUACAUGGCAACAUGUUCCAUACCAUGGCCUUCGUUAGCAGCAGAAUAGGCCUCAGCACCGAACUUUCACAAGAAUGUCUUGACUUCUUGCAGCUUUGUCUCGCUGUACGGCCCAAACAGCGUGCCACCCUCCAGCAGAUGAAACACCACCCCUGGCUCAACACAUAACAUACUUGUACCUCACAUCGUCACAAAACCUAGACUACAACUUCUACAGCUAACUCUUAACCUUGUGACCUACAGGCUGCCAUAUUAGUCCACCCA